GUUAUUUUCGAGACAACUUCCAGGCACAUCCACGCAGAUUCUGGCUGAGUGCAACGCGAGUUAUUCAUAUUGAUAUUCAAGUACCCGUCAAUAGACCCUUGCAGCACCGAACAAGAGCCGUUUCGGAUUCGUCAACAUCUCGAAGCUGAUGUAGAUUCUGUGUGUGGACUCGAAAGACGUAACAUGACGCACGCCACGUCGACGACCUGAAAGUGGAUAUACCAAAGGAGAUCUUGUGACAUAUCGACGCUUUGUGUCACUGAGUAGGAGAAAAGGAGGCCAAAACGGCGGUGAGAUAUUACAAUUCGCCGAUGCGAUGCAACAUCAACAUCAACAUCGUGGUUAAUGUAGUGUAUAACUUCAUUUCUGUAUCCCUUACUUUGUUUCUCGACUCUGGGGACUCGGGCCGGUUGAUCUUUCCCUUCUUCGAUCCCCAGGUUGAGUAUUUGAUGAGCUGGAUGCUACUUCCCGUGGCAACGUGCCAACCCAUUCUCGGGUACCUGCCGAAUCGCUGUUGGGUCGAGUUACACCAUCUAGAUCAUCUGGCUUCGCUGCGUGGCCCGGGGCAAUGAAUCCAAUCCCGUAUAGUAUUCGCAUUCUUAUAUUUGACCGGGCUCUGGGAAUCCGGUUCGGCAUAGAUUGAUCGACAAUGUUGGUAACAUCGAUGAGUUCCAGCUUGAUGGCCAAAGAUAGAUUCACGUGGAUACACAACAUGAGCGUUGUGUUGAUCAGGUGAAGCUUGUGGUCCCCACUUGGCUAUGUACGAGGUGGAUGGUUGGUGGAUUGGGCAUCUAUGUGUAACGGAAGCUUUGCGUUCCAACGGAAUGGCCUGGGUCGGAUAGCUGAGUUGAAAAGCGUGGAGAGUUGAGUCCAAUGCCGUCUGUGUGACCAAGUGAUCACUCGAUUGGUAAAGGUGAGUGUUUCAAUGGUUUUGAGUACUGAACGCCUACUGAAUAUUGGCUUGUAUUGUUUCUUUGCAAUCUGGGAACAGACUGAAGUGCAAUUAGGUGAGUGGCUCGGCAAGAAACUAAAUGCUAAGACUGGAUUGAGUGUAGCCAAGGUCGAGACAAGCUUUCCUUGGAUGCUUCUUGCCUUCUUGUGUACUCGCGUUGUGUUCUGUUCUGUUCUGUUCUACAUUGCUCUGUCCUUCCUUGUUAACGCCAACCUUCCCCAUCCUCCCUCACUUCUCGCUUCUGACCUCACAUCAUCGCCGCCGCGCCUCACCUCACCUUUCCACAGCACAAACUCUGUAUCUCCAAUUAUUGAUGACUUGUCAGGCACCACAACGCGGCAAGGAUUCCACCCCGAGAUUAGUCCCUUCCUUCUCAUAAAGACCUUUUGCGUCCCCGCGAAACCUGAAACCAUGCGCAACUGGGACGACGAGAACUCCACCAAGUCCCUUGAUUCGUCCAAAUCCGAUCCCAAGAAAACACCACCCAAAGUCGUAAACAUGGCGUCAGCUUCGACAUCCACGGCUGGGAAUCACACACUUCCUGACCUCGAUCUACCUAUUGCCACGUACAGGGAGAAGAACACUGAUCUUACCAGCUCGAAUGAUAGUCGACCUGUCAGUGCUGCUCCUUUCAAUGAGGCCGAUACGAAGAAGCUUCUUCGAAAGUUGGAUCUUCAUCUUAUCCCAUUCCUGGCUCUCAUCUACCUUCUCUGCUUCCUCGACCGCAGCAAUGUUGGAAAUGCCCGCCUUGUCCACCUCGAGAAGGACCUGGGUAUGAAGGGUCUGGAUUACAACAUUGCCCUAGCUAUCUUCUUUCCUUUCUAUGUCGCCGCCGAGAUCCCAAGCAAUAUGAUGAUGAAGCGAUUCCGGCCAAGCAUCUGGUUCACGGUUAUCAUUCUGGCCUGGGGGCUGGUCAUGACUUGCAUGGGGUUGGUACACAACUUCCAGGGUCUCUUGGCUUGUAGAGUCUUCCUUGGUAUCGCAGAAGGUGGACUAUUCCCUGGUAUCAGUUACUUCAUCACUAUGUGGUAUAGACGGGAUGAGUGUGGCUUGCGAAUUGCUUUGUUCUUCUCUGCUGCUACUGCUGCUGGUGCUUUUGGAGGACUGCUUGCUCGAGGGAUCUCCGAGAUGGAUGGCGUUGGUGGUAAACCUGGAUGGGCUUGGAUCUUCAUUCUUGAGGGGCUUUUGACGCUGGUUGUCGGUUGCUUUACAUACUGGGCCGUGAAAGACUACCCUGCGACUGCCACCUUUCUCACUACUCCCGAACGUAUUGAGGUCGAGCGAAGGCUAUCCGAAGACAGCGGCCUCUCCGACGAUUUCCGUUUAAAGUAUGUUGUCCAAGCAUUUAGAGACUGGAAGAUCUGGGUAAAUAUGGUUAUCACAAUCGGUCUCUUUACACCACUAUACUCUGUUGCAUUGUUCCUUCCAACCAUCAUCAACAACCUAGGCUAUGCGAACAAUGAGGCUCAGUUAUUGACUGUUCCACCUUACGUCGUGGCAUGUCUUUGUACCAUUGCAGGCAACUAUGCUGCCGACAAAGCAGGCCAACGAGGUGUCUUUUUACUAGGCUUUCAGGGUCUGUCUGUUAUUGGAUUUCUCAUGUUGGUCACGAAUGGAAAACCUCAUGUUCAAUAUGCCGGAACAUUUUUGGCAGCUUCUGGAAUCUACACAAUGGUACCUCUCAUCACGGCAUGGACUAGUAACAACAUCGGCGGAACUCUCAAGCGAGGUGUAGGUAUCGCAAUGCAAGUCGGUUUCGGCAAUCUUGGUGGUGCUAUCUCUGGCUUUGUUUACCUAUCCAAGGAUAAGCCCAGGUUGGUUCCCUCCCUCAAUUGCCCCGCAUCAGUGGGUUAACAGCAAGAUAGAUUCAUCACAGGCCACUGCCUCCUCAUCGCCCUGAUCACCAUGUCUUUCACACUCACUACAGCAAUGACACUAUACUACCGUCGCGAGAACGCCCGGCGCGACGCUCUAUGCGCUGAGCGUAAUAUUGCGCCGGGUGGGUAUACGGAUGAGAUGAAGUGGGAUGAGAGGGAGAAGGGGGAUGAUGCGUUGUUUUUUCGGUAUACUGUUUGAUUCAAUCAGGUCGAUAUAUAUUUGUCUCGUUGAAACCUGAAAUAGCGGGCUGGUCAGCACUGGCCGGUCUUUGUGUUGAUGGUGUGUGAGAGUGUUGCGGACGAAAGUGGUUGUGGAUUGUUCCUCCGUCUGAUGCUUGAAUGGGUGGUAUGCUUGCGGUUUAUUCUGUAGUUUGCUGACUGACUGGGUGAGUGGGCGGAUGUAUUUCAUCAGAUCAUUAGACCAGAAGAAAAUGAAUGAAAA